AUGGCGUCAUACUUUGACCUCCCACCCCAGCAGAAUGCGGCCGCUGCGAGUAUAGAAGGAGUGCCAGAAGAGGAGAGAAGGCAGAUGGGUCGAAUGAGCAUUUUGUCGCCCGCUGUUACACAAUUACUGGGACGAUUUAGGCGAAGCUGCAUCAGACAGCGAGAGCGAAGAGGGAAGCCUGGUCACGAACGGGAAGAUACUAGGGAUCCCCGGCCGAGCUUACCCAAGGCCACCGAUGCACCAAAGUCGCGCCGGGACCACGGGCUAACUACCAUAAAGUCCACAAAAAGCCCGCAAUCAUCCAAGAAGGAGGACCGAUCUCCGAAUAAAAGACCAGUUCAUAGUAGUUUGUCUCCUGCGCGUGCUGAAGAAAGUGGAUCAUCGAAACCAAGACUUAAGCCCAAACAACCUCAUAUGGCACGUUUCCAUUCCCUCAGGAGCAUGUUGUUCUCCAACACCAUCGAGGACAAGAUUAAGUCAAUCACCCACGAAGACCCUGACAAGGAAGAGGCGGCUGCAGAGAAGUGGAAGAGUCAGCAUGAUCACAGACAAAUGCCCAGUAGACCAAAGACUCCAGAAAAAGACGCGCAAGGAAAGCCACAGGGUAUUGGAUCAAGACUGAAAACAAGUAUACGGCGCAUGACGACCAAGGAUGUACCGACUAUGCAGACUCUACAGGAGGAUGGUGCAGCACACGACUUUAGCGAUCAUGGUUCGAUAGCAAGCUCAGAUGGUGAACCAGAGCCAUACCAAUGGAAGCCACGAGAAGCAGACGAAGAAAGCAUAGACCAUUCUGAUGUCGAGGAUCUAGUGCGCUGGGUCAGCAGACGCGACCCGCCCAGCGACGGAGAAACAAGAGCCAGCAAAACCCCAGCCAUCACCUUGACAGGUGCAAACGACAGCCACGACAGUCUUGGAGACUCCGACGUAGACGAGCUAGUCCAAUGGGCAAGUCGCAAAUCAUCAGACCCAGAGACAAAGCAAAGUCGCCGCACAGGCUACAGCGAUGCCUCGACCGAGUCCGAUUCUGAAUUGAUAAACGAAGACGACUCCUCCGAAGACGAGGACGCAGACGACCUCGUCCGCUGGGUAUCUCACCGCGACGGCCCAUCCGCAGGCCCCAUCCGCCAAACCCGAAAUCACUCCCCAGCAGGCCGCAGCAUAUCCCACGGCUCCGACGUCCCCGAACUCGGCCGCUGGGUCACACGGCACGACGGCACGAGCGGCGAAUCAGUAAGCUCCUCACACCCCCGCAAAUCCCUAGACGCGCCCAAAGAGCCCGAACGAGGCCGCCCGCGAAGUCGCGAAGGUCCUGCAUCUCCGCGCCCGAAACCUAAAGGCCACAUCACGCACGAGGAUAUUGGGGAUUUGGUCAAGUGGGUGUCACGCAAGGAUUCGAAGCAGCAGAGCCAGAGUCCGACGAAGGUGCAGGAGGAAGAGGAAGAGGAGGAGAAGUUGUUGCGCGAGGAAGAGAAGAAGAAGCAGCAAUUAGGCAUGAGUGUUGACGAGGGGAGUUUGUCGCAUGGGGAUGUGCAGGAGAUCAUUGAGCAUGUGAGGAGUUCUAGUUUGGUGAAGGACAAGCCGGAAGUUGGGGAUUUGAAAGGGUUCCGUACGGGUGAACGAGGAGUGAAAGAAGAUGCUGCUAGCGACCAUUUGGCUGAGAACAGAGCUGGAAUUAGGCAAAUUGAGAAUGGAGAAGGCGGGAAGGAAAGAGGGACGCGGGAGAGGAAUGGUAGUUUGGGACAUGAGGAUGUGGAUGAGUUGGUUAAGUGGAUCAGCCGGAAAGGUUGA